GUCCCCCACUCGUCGUUCCACACUCGUGACACAAACUCUCUCCUCCCUUCCUCUCUCUCUCCGCCCUUCACUUUCUCUCUCUAGACUUCGCCGAGGCACCACCUUGACCACAGCUCCACCACCAUUGAACCACACGCAAAAGGCCAAUCAAAGACUCAUAACCGAAAAAAAAAAAAGUUUCAUUGAUUGAAAGAGAAAGACUCAGUUUGAGAGCUUCUGAUUUGAGUUUUCAGUCUGUUGUACAACACAUCUUCUUCUUCUUCUUCUUCUUUUUGGUGGUGUUAAGUUAAUAACGUGAGCACCGUGGGCGCAAUCUAGUCCAGACCAGACCAUGGCCGAGCUUGCCCAACCGGAAGUGUAUGCGCCGAGAACGAUACAAGUAUGGAGGACAGUGUUGAACUGGUUGGCAUUUUUCUUUCAGAUCUUCGUUCAGAUCAUCAGAGGCACGCCUUCGCUGACUCAAGUCUUCUCUUUUGUUGGCCUUCGACACAAUUCUUUGCUUUCUGAUUCUUCUUCGCCUUCCUUCAAGCCGUUGCCGGUCGUUGAAUUGCAUGAACCGGAGGCUCAGCCAACGGAGGCGGUGCGAAUUUCUGGUGAUGGAUUUGCCGGUGGUUUAAAUGAUCGGAGGUGCGAGAAACUUACGGUGGUUCUUGACUUGGAUGAAACUCUAGUAUGUGCAUAUGAGACAUCUAGUUUACCUGCCAUUGUUCGUACUCAAGCCGUAGAAGCAGGCUUGAAGUGGUUUGAGCUGGAAUGCAUAUCUUCUCACAAGGAAUGUGAAGGCAAACCUAAGGUGAACUAUGUUACAGUGUUUGAACGUCCUGGAUUGCCGGAAUUUUUAAAACAACUAAGUACAUUCGCUGAUCUUGUGUUAUUUACUGCUGGUCUUGAAGGCUAUGCUAGACCUCUUGUUGACAGAAUAGAUGUUGAUAACCGAUUCAGUCAUAGACUUUAUCGGCCUUCAACAAAAAGCACGGAAUAUCGGGAACAUGUGAAGGAUCUGUCGAGCCUAUCCAAAGAUUUAGGUCGAAUUGUUAUUGUUGAUAACAACCCGUUCAGUUUCUUAUUACAACCAGUAAAUGGAAUCCCAUGCAUUCCGUUUUCUGCUGGACAACCACAUGAUGAGCAGCUUCUGGGGGUCAUUCUUCCGCUUCUCAAGCACCUUUCUGGCCAGAAGGACGUUAGGCCUAUACUCUAUGAAAGAUUCCACAUGCCUGAAUGGUUUCAAAAUCAUGGAAUCCCUGCUUCUGAAUGGACGAAGUAGAAUAAAUUUAGACACAAAAGGAAGCUCUUAUUAUUGUUGGAGACAUCAGAAUGGUUAUCUCUUUACAAGGGCUAUAUUUGUUCAUUGGAAUUUGGAAUCAUGAGUUAUCGUACAGUAUCAUAUCAUACACAGGAGCCAUGGACGACAUCUAUAAUUUCUCGCCUCCUUGUGAAGGUUUCCCUGCCACGAUAAGGAAAUAUGUGAUGUAAAGUUAGUGAAAACUCAAGAUUCUUCUGUAACAUUAUUCCUAGGUUGCAAUCUCGUAGGAUGUUCAUUUCUGUUUUAACUUAUAAGUGCUGUAAAACUGCUCUUGAUCAAUAAUAUUGAAUUGAAG